AUGUUUCGUCGAUCUUGGCGUAUCCUAUGUGCUCCAGCUGAGCGUAUGGUGGAGGAGUUUGAUGUUGUGAUUGUAGGUGGUGGUCCUUCCGGUCUGGCAGCGGCGAUUCGCCUUAAACAACUCGCUGGUGAUGCGAAGGAUGACUUUCGUGUAGGACUUGUGGAAAAGGGAAGUGAAAUUGGGGCACAUACUCUCUCUGGUGCUUGUAUUGAGACCCACGCAUUAGAUGAGUUACUUCCGAAUUGGCGUAAAGCAGAUGAACUUCCUGUAAUGACAGCUGUAACAAGUGAUUCGUUUUAUCUAUUACGAGAUCAGAAACGAUAUAUGAAAUCUCCACUUCUCCCACCAACUCUACAUAAUCGAAAUGCUUAUAUUAUGUCACUUGGUUCACUUUGUAAGUGGAUGAGUGAUCAGGCAGUGGAGUUGGGUGUGGAGUUGUAUCCUGGUUUCGCCGCCGCAGAGCCGGUGUAUGAUAGUAGUGGGAAAUAUGUAGAAGGUGUACAAUUAAAUGAUGUGGGAAUUAAUAAAAAGGGUGAAAAAACUCCACAAUAUGAACCUGGUAUGAUUUUUAAAGCCAAACAAACCAUCUUUGCUGAAGGAUGUCGUGGUUCUUGUACAAAACAAUUAGAAAAGAAGUUUAAUCUUCGUGGAGAAAAGAAUUUUCAGACCUAUGGUUUAGGUAUUAAAGAAGUCUGGGAAGUUCCAUCUAAAGUUCAUCGUCCAGGUACAGUUAUGCAUACUAUUGGAUGGCCUGUUACGGAUAAAGGACAUCACAAUACAUAUGGUGGUUCUUUUCUUUAUCACUAUGGAGAAGGUUUAAUCUCACUUGGCUUCGUGGUUGGUCUUGAUUAUAGUAAUCCAUAUAUACGACCCUAUAUGGAAUUACAGAAGUGGAAAACACAUGAACUUGUGGCUUCGCAAUUAAAAGAAGGAAGACCCAUUUUAUACGGAGCGCGAACACUUGUGGAAGGAGGAUAUACUUCUCUUCCAACCUUACAUUUCCCUGGUGGAUUACUUGUUGGGGAUUGUGCUGGUUUUCUUAAUCUUCCUAAAAUUAAAGGUACACAUACCGCUAUGAAAUCUGCCAUGUUAGCAGCAGAAGCUAUUUAUGAUGAUGCCUUUGCAGCUGGAAAAGAAAAACGAAAUGGUGUAGAAUGUAAAAGUUAUGAUGAUCGAUUUCAUAAUAGUUGGUUAUAUCCUGAACUAUAUGCUGUACGAAAUGUACGUCAGGUAUUUGCACGAAAUUUCUUUAUGGGUGUCUUUUAUACAGGAUUAACUACUAUGAUUACAAAAGGAAAGGAACCAAUAACUCUUACCCAUCAUCAACCCGAUCAUAAAGCCCUUAAACCCGCUUCUGAAUGUACACCGAUUGAUUAUCCAAAGCCAGAUAAUAAACUUACCUUUGAUCUUCUUACCAAUCAUAGCCGUAGUGGAACUGCACACAAUGCGGAUCAACCUGUUCAUCUGAAAUUAAAAGAUCCAUCUCUGGCAGAAAAGGUAAAUCUCGCCGUUUAUGAUGGACCUGAAGGGAAAUAUUGUCCUGCAAAGGUGUAUGAGUUUAUAGAUGGAAAACUGGUGAUAAAUGCACCGAAUUGUUUACACUGCAAGGCGUGUGAUAUUAAAGAUCCAAAACAAAAUAUUAACUGGACACCUCCAGAAGGCGGUGGUGGUCCUAAUUACAGUGCACAGAUGUAA